CUCUGCCAGCCCGUUAACGUGGUCUCAGUUUGAAGUCAGCGUUGUUUAAAUGGUCUCUUUUGAAGGUUAAGGGUCAGGGUGAACUUUCCCUCUCAUGUGGGUCUGGGUUUAAAACAGAGUCGCUCUCAGACUUGACCACAUCUUUCAAUUUACCUGAUUGUCUAAUCUUUCUAAUUGGAUUAACCAAAGCCGUCCCUGUAAAUGUCUCCGAGCAUGAGCAGUGUGCAGUCUUAGUCCCUCUGUGAGGACUACGUGCUGUUAGGAUGGACGUUUCCAUGACAACUUGCUCCAAAACACUUUGGAUUUGCUUCAGUGCAUAUUUUGAGCUUUCAGUCAGACGAUCUUCUCUGUAACAUCAUCUUUGAUGGAAAGCGCUCCUGAUCCACUACCGUCCUCUGAAAGUGUCCUGAGCCGCUCUGAUUGUCGAUCUGUUUCUGAUCUCUGCAGAGAUGGAUCAUUUUGUGAAGGGCCGGCUGCUGUCCUGUGGGAUGGACGACGCCCAGGAGCAGGACCACUACGAGGAGCGGCUCAAAGAACUUUUUAACAGUUUUGAUGUCAGCAGCUGCGGCUCGCUGUGCCUGGAGGAACUGUCUGACCUCUGUGAGUCCCUUCACCUGGAAGAGGCCGCAGCAGCUCUGAUGCAGACCCUGCUGCAGGACCAGGACCGGCGUGCUGCCAGGGUUGACUUCGAGCAGUUCAAGGAGGCCCUGAUUCUGGUUCUGUCUUCGAGCACGGAGCCUGGUCCAGCAGAAACGGAGACCUUCCCUAGAGCAGAGUCUCCGGAGAUCCAACCUAAGUUUGUAAAGGGCAGUAAACGCUAUGGCCGCCGCACCACGCCGGAGUUCAUCGAGCCGUUUUCAGGCACGCCUGAAGUCAGGAAUGCGUACUCGGUGGAGGAGGAGGACCCAGAGGACGUUCCAAGGAAGCGUGAGCGCUGGAUCGCUCAGGAAACGAGCCCGGAGGAGUACGAGGCCGAAGGUCAGAUGCAUCUCUGGAACCCGGACGAGCUGAGCACGCCGCGAGGAGCCGGCGUUCCUCUGUCCAGCUGUUUGGAGGAUAGACUGCGUGAAGCGUGCGGUGAGCUGGAGAUAGCGUGGGACGGAUGUGCUGACCAUAACGAUCUGCUCGCUCUCUGUGAACACCUGGGCCUGGAGAUUCAUGUGGACAUUCUCCAAAAUCUGACCGCAGACGGACUAAUGAAUGUUCACCAGUUUGUUUCCAUGGUAACAAACCAAAACAAACCUCCAACGCCGUCCGCCUCCACGCCCUACAGACAGCUGAAACGACACCACUCCACUCAGCCCUUCGAUGAAGGAGGUCGUAGAAUAGCGACUCCUUCGGCUCUGAGCAGCACCAUCGGCAUGCGCCUGUUCUCCACACUCGAUGACGGCUCUGGUUUCACUGCGGUCGAGGAGGUCCUGGACGCCUGGAUGGAGGAGGGAAUAGAAAACAGCGCUGAGAUCCUGCAGGCUCUGAAUUUCAGCCUCAAUGAAAAACUGAGUCUUAGUGACCUCACCAUGGCACUAGAGAACGAGCUGCUCGUCACCAAGAAUGGGAUCCACCAGGCGGCACUGGCGAGCUUCAAAGCUGAGAUCAGAUAUUUGCUAGAGCAAGUUGACAGAGAGCUCAGGGAGAAGGAGAAAAUCCGAUCUGACCUUGAGAAAGUUGAGAAACAGAAAACUCAGCUGGCCACUGAGGUGGACGAGCAUCACUCUGCCAUCGAGCAGAUGAACAACCUCAAUCUCAGGAAGCUGGAGCAGGAGCACAGAGAGAAGCUGGCAGCCGUCCGGUCGGAGCUGACCAAAGAGAUGGACCUGAUGCAGCAGCUGGCCGGCCUGCAGCGCGAGGACCUAGAGGCGGAGGUGGAGAAGAUCAGAGAGGAUGAAUGUUUUCUCAGAGACCACCUCUCCAUCUCUGUCAAGGAGAACAGACGUCUGGAGAUGGAGCUGCUGGACAGCACCGACAAACUUGAGGAGGCUCAGAUCCAGAUCAGCAAACUGCAGAGCAGUUUGGACAACAUUAUAAAAGAGAGGUUUGGAGACUUGGACCCUGGCAGUGCAGACCUCUUCCUGCAGGAGGAACGUAUUAAACAGCUCCGCAGCAGCUACGAGGCUCAGUGCAGGGAGCUGCAGGAUCGAAUCGACGAGCUGCAGUCAGAGCUGCAGGAGUUUCACGGCCUCGGACGAGUUCUGCAGCCCGGACACAAAAGUCUCUGUGAGGAGCUGGAGACCAAGAGCCCGGGUAUGGAGUCUGAUCCAGGAAUCGGCUCAGAGGACGUUCAGACGUUCAGCAUGAGCCUGGAGGCGGAGAUGAUGUUGGAGCAGCUGAAGGAGCAGCACCUUCAGGAGAUGGAGGAUUUAAGAAAGCAGCUGGAGAGGAAGAUCAAUGAGUUCGAUCAGAUGGUAGAGAAGCAGAGGGCCACACACGACGAGCAGAAGGCCACCUUAGCGCUGCAGCACCAGCAGGAGGUCCAGGCUCUGAGGGAGGAGACGGAUCGUUUUCAGGUCCAGACUCAGGAGCUCCAGAGCCGGCUGCAGGAGGCUCAUCAGGAGCGGACGCAGGCCGAGGAGAGGAAGGAGCUGGAGGACCUGCAGGAGGUGAAACAUCUCAGACAACAGCUGCUGGAGACACACACUCACAGCGCUCACCUGGAGGAGCGGCUGAAGACUCUAGAAGAUCAGCAGGAGCAGAGCAUGGAGGAGCUGAGGAGACAGCAUGCUGAGGAGAUCAGGAGACUGGAGGAGGAGCAUGUGGAGAUCUGUGAAGACAGACUGAGAGAGGAGAGACAGAAAGUACAGGAAGAGAAGGCAGAGUUAGAGAAAAGACUGUUAGAGGAUUAUCAGACAGAGAAGAAGCUGCUGCAGCAGAGCCAUGAGGAGGAGCUGAAGGUCAGAGGAGAGGAGGUGAAGAGGAGGUGUGAGGAGAAGUGUGAGGAGGUAGUGCAGAACCUGACGGAGAAGUGGCACAGAGAGAAGGCUCAGUUAGACGAGCACAACAACGAGGCUCUGCAGCUGCUGUUAGAGGAGGAGAUGUUGAGGCUGGUCAGGGAGCAGGAGGAGAAGGAGGCCACGCUCAGGGAGCAGCUGGAGGAGCGCCAUGAGGAGGCUCUGCUGAGAGAGAGAGGGAGGGUACAGGAGAGGGAGGAGCAGCUGGAGGAGGAGAGGGAGCAGCUGGAGAGAGAGAAGGAGAAGGAGGAGAAGAGGCUGCAGGUGUUGAUUUCAGAGGAGAGGGCUCUUCUAGAGGAACGCCACCGAGAGGCCGUGAAGGAGCUGACGGCCAAUCACAGUGAGGAGAGGGAGGCCCUGAGCAGCACGCUGGACAAACUACGAGAAGACAUCGUCCACGAGAGGAGAGAAAUCAAGAGCAGCUUCACGCUGAGAAUCAAAGAAGUAGAAGAUCGUUUCUCAGGCGACCACGAGGCGCUGGAAAAGCGUUUCCAAGCGGAUGUCAUGAGACUGGAACAGAACUACCAAACCCAGCUGAAGGCUCUCUCUGACGGCCACACCCAGCAGGAGCUCCUGUGGGAGGCUCAGAUCCAGGAGGCGGAGGAGCACAGGGGACUGCUGGAGGAGAGGGAACGCCACGAGCUGCAGGCUGGUCAUCAACAGGAAGUAGAAGAACUGGUCAUGAAAAACCAGCAGCUGCAGAACGAGCUGCUGGACUUCAUCAGCAUGGCUCAGACCAAAGAGAUCGAGCUCAGCAUGCAGCUCAACGACCUCCAUAACCGUCUGCAGGAGAGCCUGAAGACCAAAGACGAGCUCCUGGCUCAGGCGGAGAAGAAAGCCUGCGAGAUCGAACUCCUUCUCAACCAGACGGUGGACGACUUUAAACACGAGAGAGAAGAACAUGUGAGCAGCCAGACGCAGCUUCAGACUCAGUACAACCAGCUGCUGAGCAUGUCUGAGAGACAGAGCGCCGAGCGGAUGGAUCUGCUGCAUGAGCGCGACCAUUGGAAGUUACGGAUGGAGGAGAUGGAGAUGCUGCUGGAACAGGCCACGCUGGACUUUGAGGUGGAGAGGGAGGAGCUACAGGAACGCACAUCAAUGCUUCAGAGAAACCAGGAGAAAGAGAGAGAGGAGCUGGUGGCAGAGAGACAUGCUCUCCAAAAGAGAGUGAGAGACUUAGACAUGAAGCUAAUACAGGCUUUGUCUUACACAGAACAUGUUAUGGAAGGAGAAGACAGAGACACAUGGAGGGAUCCUCCUGACCUGGAUAAUAACCAUUCAGAGAGAGAGGGGGAGGGGUCAUCUCCUCAGGAAAUCCGUAGUUCAGAUGAAGAUGCUCAGAACAAAGAGGCUCUGGAGUCGUUUGAGGAGGAGGAACCCGUGGGGCUGGAGGACUCAGCUGACCCACAUAAAGUGUGUGUGGGUUCUCCAGAGAAGCCUUUCAGCGUGAGAGAAGCUGGACAUGUUUGUGACUCUGAGGAUGACUGUGCACCUGACGCUGUGGACUGUCUGGAUGAAGGAAAGGAGAGGGAGCCUUCAGUGGUGAGACUACAGGCCACCGAGGAAAACGUCCUCCUGCUGGAGAAGAUUUCUCUGCUUCAACAGAAGACGGAGCUGUUGGAGAAUCUUCUGGCUCACAACAGUGAAAAGAUGAAAAAUGGCCAACAGAUACUGGAGGAGAACUACGGCCUGAAAGUGAAGAUGCUGCUGUUAAUGGAGCACGUGAAAGAGCUGGAGAUCAAGGCCUUGAAGAUGACUGACCUGCAGAUCCGAUAUGAAGACUGCUUGUGUGAAAACUCCAAAGUGAAGGAGCAGAACGUGGAGCUGGAGAAGAGAGUGUGGAGCCUGGAGAGCAGGAUGAGUCUGUUCCCGGAGCUCCAGGAUCAGGUGGUUCUGGUGGAUGAGAUCAGCAGGAUGAGGGACGAGAACAAUAAACUCUCUGAGCUGUUUGCUGAGCUGGAGAGGAGCAGGGAGAGUCUGUUGGCCAAACGCCCGGACACCGGAGCGCCCGAGAGCCUGGCUGACGAGUCCCUGCUGGACCAAGAUCUGGAGGUAUGCUGUGAGGAGUUUGAGGAGCAGAACAGCAGACUCCGCCGAGCCAUCACGGAGCUCCAGAGCAGGUCUCAGACAUUAAACCAAACAACACAGACGCAGAGAUCUGAGACCAGCCGCCUGGCUGAAGAAAACUUUGUCCUCAGGAAGAAGAUCACCACGCUGAAGGAAGAGGACCUGAAGGAGGCCCAGGGAGAGCUCAUACAAAAGUUGGAGCACUUAAAGAAAGGGAAGAUGUCGGCUCAGAGGGUGGCACAGAACCUUAAGAAACAGAUCAGCGAGCUGCGUCUGCAGAGCCAGCAGCUGGAGGACGAGAACGGGAUGCUGUCUGAGAAAAACGCCCAAAACAUUGUGGACAUGGAGACUCUCCGACAGCAGCUGGCUGAGCUGAUAAAGGACGAGGACCAGAACAAGCUGACAGCGUGUGUGUCUGCUCUGGAGGCUGAGCUGACCGCAGCUCUGGAGGAUGCUGCAAAGCUUGAGGAGAGAAAUGUCCAGCUGUCAGAGCAGCUGUCUGAGCUCAGAGAGAAGAACCAUGUUUUGGAGAUGAGCCUGCACUCAAGCGGCCUCCAGAACACGAAGCUGUACAGAGAGGAGGUGUGUGGUCUGAUGGAGCAGGACCAGCUGCUGCUGAGGAGGGAGAACGAGCGGCUUCAGGUCGAAGUUCACAACAUCAGAGGAGACCUGCUGCAGUCCAGAGAAAAGAUCCAUCAGCUCGAUGCCACCAUCUCGUCCCUGAAGCAGAACCGACAGCAGAGCCAAUCGUCUGCGCUUCAGACCGCCUUGGAGCAGGAGAACGCCACUCUGAGGCAGGAGCUUGAGGCUCAGCGGGAGCUCAACAAGGGCUGUGAGGCGUCUCGGGGUCAUGCAGACGUGGAAAGUCUUCAACAGGAGAACGAGGCGCUCCGAGCUCAAAUGACUCGAAUGUCUUCACAGCUGAUGGAGUCAUUUCAGGCUCAGUUGGUGGGACUUCUACCUCCGUCUCCUCACAGGAUCCCCAGGGGGCAGCAUCGAGCUGAAGAUCCAGACAACCAGCAGGGGCCGAUGGCGGAGCAGCGGGCAGCACACGCAGACAGCUACCGGCGGAUCGGUGGACUCUAACACCGGCAUUUGUCCUCGCUCUUUCCUCUCUCUCGGUCCUCUGCGGGACUGGAGCCAGACCCUGAAUGUGGUCUUUUCUGGAUCCUUAUAGGAGAUCAUGAACUGAAAGCAUGCCUGAUUCACAGGCACCAAUGUGUCAUUGCAUUUCUCUGCUGCUAGGUGGCAGCAAACACAGAAACAGCUCCUGAGAUUAACCCCAUGGGAUUAGAUUUUUUUUUAGAUAUAUCUGAGGCCUCUUUUAAGGACAGCUGAGGAGCGAUGUUGGGAGGAGAGAGAGUGGGGGACAUCACGCAGCAAAGGGCUGAGGUUGGAUUCAAACCCACGGCUGCUGCGAUGCGGACUACAGCCUACACACAUGGGGCGCCCAACAUAAUCGCUUGUCUACCUGGAGCCCCGGGAUUAGACUUUAAACAAUGACCUUUCAGCUGCAGGUCAUCUCAGUGUAACGGCCGAGUACGGAGGUGUUUCUAAGGCUGCCCUCCUUUAUGAGGUCACAGUUUCAAUGCAGGGAAUGAUUGCUGGGCAGCGUGAAUGUUUUUAUAUUGUUGUGUUCUGCACUUUUUAUCUUGUGUAAAACAGGGUCUAUCCGUUCAUCCUCAGAGGAUCAGUUAUCUACUUUAACCUGAGGAGACUCCUCCUUUAAACUGACUCCUCCUUUAAACUGAGGAGACUCCUCCUUUAAACUGACUCCUCCUUUAAACUAAGGAGACUCCUCCUUUAAACUGACUCCUCCUUUAAACUGACUCCUCCUUUAAACUGAGGAGACUCCUCCUUUAAACUGACUCCUCCUUUAAACUGAGGAGACUCCUCCUUUAAACUGACUCCUCCUUUAAACUAAGGAGACUCCUCCUUUAAACUGACUCCUCCUUUAAACUGACUCCUCCUUUAAACUGAGGAGACUCCUCCUUUAAACUGACUCCUCCUUUAAACUGAGGAGACUCCUCCUUUAAACUGACUCCUCCUUUAAACUGAGGAGACUCCUCCUUUAAACUGACUCCUCCUUUAAACUAAGGAGACUCCUCCUUUAAACUGACUCCUCCUUUAAACUGACUCCUCCUUUAAACUGAGGAGACUCCUCCUUUAAACUGACUCCUCCUUUAAACUGACUCCUCCUUUAAGGUGAGGAGACUCCUCCUCCGUGAAUGAAUCCAGAAUGAUCAGCUGAUGUUAUGGAGUCCAGUCAGGGUCACAUGAAGGUCAAAGCUUUGUUUGUUUGUUUUCUGCGCCAUGUUUAGACUUUAUUUUAUUCAUUUAUUUUAAUAAGCUGUAUGGUUGGGUUGUCACAUGAUUCUAUUAAAAAUCCAAUAUCAUACCUGUUUGUUUCCACGGUAACAAAGAUGUCCUAAACACCUGAUAUUGGAUCAUUUAUAAAUAUUACAGACAAACUAACGCUGACUCUGCACACAGUCUAAAAUAAACAAAAAUGCUAAUUUGUGUGAUUUACGAGUUUGUCUGUAAUAUUUGGUGUUUUUAUUCCUCUCCCCGUUUUUUUAUGUUUCAGUACUUAGAUUUCAUCGAUCAUUAAAUUAUCAGAUGGUUUUAAAACUUGUGUAAUCAUGUUGACAACCUUAAAUAAUUUAUUUAUUUAUUAAAUUAUUAUUUGUAGACGCAUCAUUUUCUACCUAUUUAUAUUGUAUUUAUUUUGUUGGAAUUUGUCCUGAUCUCAGAAAUAAAGAUCUAAUAAAGCUCCCCACUCAUUUAAA